UUGCUCAAAAUUAAAGUCAUCUUCUCAGGGGUCUAGACCAUUCUCUUGAGAAAUCCACAUCUCACCUUCCUCAACUUGAAAGCAAAGGAGAAAAAGGGAAAAAAAAUGGAAACAUGGCAAGGCUAUGUGGAUUGGAGGAACAGGCCUGCACUCAAUGGGCGCCAUGGCGGCAUGCUCGCUGCCUCCUUUGUUCUUGUUGUGGAGGUACUAGAGAACUUGGCAUUUCUGGCAAAUGCAAGCAACUUGGUGAGAUACAUGUCGGAAUACAUGCAUUUUUCUCCAUCGAAAUCAGCCAAUUCUGUCACAAAUUUCAUGGGGACUGCCUUCCUUCUUGCCCUCCUAGGUGGUUUCUUAUCUGAUGCUUUGUUCACUUCUUACUACAUCUACCUCUCAAGUGCCCUCGUUGAGUUUCUGGGCUUGAUCAUACUAGCAGUGCAAGCUCACUCACCUUCCCUAAAGCCACCAGCAUGCAGUGUUGACACCCCUACCAUCCCAUGCCAGCAAGUCAGCGGUGGCAAAGCUGCAAUGCUGUUCAUAGGCCUAUACCUUGUGGCACUAGGCGUCGGAGGCAUAAAAGGAUCACUACCAGCACAUGGAGCUGAGCAGUUCGACGAAAGCAGCCCACAUGGAAGGAAGCAGAGGUCGACUUUCUUCAACUACUUCGUCUUCUGCCUCUCAUGUGGAGGUCUAAUUGCUGUGACAUUUGUGGUAUGGAUUGAGGACAACAAGGGCUGGCAAUGGGGCUUUGGUAUUUCCACUUUGGCAAUAUUGUUGUCCAUUCCAAUUUUUCUUGCUGGUUCUUGUUUUUACAGGAACAAGGUACCUUGUGGAAGUCCACUCACAACAAUAUGCAAGGUUCUGUUAGCGGCCAUUCUGGACACUUGCCUAAGCAGAAGUUCUAGCAAUGCAAUCGCGAGCAUGGGGACAGGCCCUUCCCCUCCAACCCCAAUUAGCAAGGAAGAAGAGCAAUCAAACACCAAAACCAUAGAUCUCAUUGAAACCCCAACAAAAAGCCUUAAAUUCCUGAACAGGGCAGUGGUGGAAAAGCCAGUCCACAGAGGACUAGACUGUUCAUUACAAGAAGUAGAAGAAGUCAAGAUUGUGCUAAAAAUUCUCCCAAUAUUCGCUUGCACAAUCAUGCUCAACUGCUGCCUAGCUCAACUCUCCACCUUUUCGGUCCAACAAGCCGCCACCAUGAAAACAAAACUUGGAUCCUUAAAAGUCCCACCUGCUUCCCUUCCCAUCUUCCCUAUCCUCUUCAUCAUGAUUCUUGCACCGGUCUACGACCAUUUCAUUAUCCCAUUUGCUCGUAAAUUGACAAAAUCUGAAAUGGGUAUCACUCAUCUACAAAGAAUAGGUGUCGGUCUAGUGCUAUCCAUCGUAGCCAUGGCAGUGGCGGCUCUAGUUGAAAUCAAACGCAAAAGGGUCGCUUUUGACUUGGGCCUACUUGAUUCUCGCAACCCAUUACCCAUUUCAUUCUUUUGGAUUGCUUUUCAGUACUUGUUUUUGGGUUCGGCCGAUCUUUUCACCUUAGCUGGAUUGUUAGAAUUUUUCUUCACCGAGGCACCUGUAAGCAUGAGGUCUCUGGCAACAUCUCUCUCAUGGGCGUCUCUGGCUAUGGGAUACUAUCUCAGCACUGUGAUUGUCUCCAUUGUCAAUGGUAUCACGGGAAGCUCUAAGCACUGCAACCCAUGGCUCUCCGGUAGCAACUUGAAUCACUAUCAUUUGGACCGGUUUUACUGGCUAAUGUGUGUGCUAAGUAGCUUGAAUUUCUUGCACUACCUUUUCUGGGCUAACCGAUACAAGUACAGAUCAAAAAGGGCAAACAAGUGAAAUUGAAAUUAUAGCAGUUGAAGAUCAAUGUUAGAUCGAAGUAAACUUUCCCGUCUCAAUUAGCCAAUCAUAAAUGAGACUGCUAGACAGCCCUUUUCUUUUCUUUUUUCUUUUUUUCGUGUUCUUCAUUACCUGUCAACAAGAGAUGAUAGCACCAUGUUUGGAUACUUUGAAUAAUUCUCUGUUAAUAGAAGAAUGGGGUAUCAAAUGGUUUAUGCUCAAAGAUCCAAAAUGCUUUCUAUUCCAAAGAAACUACUAUCUU